UUCCCUUUGGUGUUUAUUCGUCACGCGCUUUCUGUAGCACGUGUAAUUUCACUGUUCCUUAUUAACCCAUAGCCAAAAACCAAAUAGGUUUGGGGGACCAAUAAGGGAGAGAGAGAGCGAAGCGCCACUUCUCACCGUUCACUUCUCUGGGACGCCGGUGACGGAAUUUGAUAAACGACCCGCUUGUCUCUCUAGAGAGAAUUGCUUCUGUUGCCCUUUCUCUUCCUCAAAAUAACAACAAGCCUGGAUUGUUUUUAGCCUUCCGUGUUUUUGAUUUUCUAUUGGCGGUUGUUUCUAUGAAGGCUUUUUAGUGGUUGACAGAUGUGGAGGAUGAACUUUGGAUAUUAUCUCGCAUUGAUUCUUUUAUUCCUGCUGACAGAUGUGUAAUUUGAUGACCUCUCCAAAGGCACAAUAUUGUGAACUAUUGACAAGGGUGCUUCAAAAGGAAAACUAUGGAGGCACGCCCUACUUUAUCCAUUCAGAGAUCAGGUGUAAAGCAGUUGAGUAACCUUGGGGUGUCUGGAGCACUAUCCUCAUCAUAUCCUGUCCUUCCAACCUCUCGAGAAGAAACGUACCCCAAGUUAUCAGAUGCACAACAGGUUGCCAUGGAAAAGGGUCUUAUGACAAGGCCCCUUGUCCAUACAAAUCACUUACCCUCUAACAAUGGAGUAGUUGGUCACCUAUUUUCGUCAUCUGCAGGCUUCUCAACAGAUCUUCAGUACUCUUCUGUUUCGCCUCAGGAAAAGCAUUCUAGAAAUACUCCUUUCAUUUCUCAAUCACCAACAAAUGUGGCAGCUUUGACGUUACCGCAAUCUCCGCAUUCAGGGCUGCUUCAGUGUACAGCAUCAAGUCAGUAUGACAAAGAAAAUAGUGCUUCCUGGUGUCCGGAGUCACUGCCGGGUUUUCUUGAUUUUCCUGUAAAUUCUCAUGUCCAAAAUAAUCAAAUAGAAAGUAACAGUUGUACUGGUGCCAUAACAUCAGAAGAAUUUAGUAAACGAAAUGAUUGGCAGGAAUGGGCAGACCAGCUAAUCACUGAUGAUGAUGCUUUGACAUCCAAUUGGAAUGACCUUCUUGUUGACAACAGUGCUCCAGAAAUGGAACCAAAGAUGGCAUACCAGGUGUCUAAACCACCUUCAGAUAUUUCAGCACAUCAGCCCCAAGUUCAUCAGCAGCUUCCUGCCCCAUCUAUUGACAUUCGUCCUGUUCUUACCCCCACUUCCUCAGUAAAUACUGCCCCAUCCAAGCCACGCAUGCGUUGGACACCAGAACUUCAUGAAGCCUUUGUGGACGCUGUCAAUCAGCUUGGUGGUAGUGAACGAGCUACUCCAAAAGGUGUGCUGAAGCUCAUGAAAGUUGAAGGCUUGACUAUUUAUCAUGUUAAAAGCCACUUGCAAAAAUACAGGACAGCCAGAUACAGACCAGACUCAUUAGAAGGAUCCUCAGAGCAAAAAUUGACUCCUUUAGAAGAAAUAUCCUCACUUGACUUGAAAACGGGUAUUGAGAUUACAGAAGCUCUGCGGUUACAGAUGGAAGUUCAGAAAAGGCUGCACGAACAACUCGAGAUUCAACGAAAUUUACAGUUACGAAUAGAAGAACAAGGGAGGUACCUCCAAAUGAUGUUUGAGAAACAAUGCAAGUCGGGCACUGACGUGCUGAAGGCAUCAUCAUCCGCUGUGGAGAACCCUUCUUCUGCUCUAUCUUCUGAUGCAGUCCAUGAUUCCUCUGGCAAAAAUGAAAUGGAAGCCUCCAAGGUGGAUCAUGGCAACGCAAUCACUAAUACAGAUGAUACCAAGUCUAAAUUAGAAGAGAGAUCACAGGAUCCAAACGAGAAGCAAAAGGCACUUCAAAUUGAAGCUUCUGGGAAUCCUGAGCCAGAUAAUGGGGAGUCAAAUUCACAAUCUGCUAAACGUCCAAGACUAGAUGUCUAAACCAUCAGCAUUGUACUGACAAGGUGACAGACUCAUAAUCUUGAGCAGGAGAAAACCUUAGAUAGAUGACUGUUAGUAUCAGAACUUCGGGAUCCUCUAGCUUCUGGAUUUACCAUGUCGUUGGGUGCAAUUUGCUUCUGCAUGCUUAUUUAACACUUUAUUUAGUUGAUAAAUGAGGUGGAUAAGAAAAGUAUUGAUAUCUGAAGUGAGACAGGAGCUGCAUUGUAUUAUGCAUGUGAAUGAGUUCCUCUUUCUCGCGGGAAAGUCGCUGUCUGCAUCGUAUCAACUUUAUUUAAUUUAGCAUACGAGUCCCCAAAAGUACUGAAAUA